AUGCAAUCCAUGUCUUAUCCACAAUCCACCCUUACCGGCAUUCCACCAACGCCUUAUCCACAUUCCACUCGUAUUCUAUCCACAUUCCAUUCAUAUUCUAUCCAUAUUCCACCCACACCUUAUUCACAUUCCACCUACACUAUAUCCACAUGUCAUCCACACUUUACCCACACUCCAUCCACACCUUACCCACACACUAUCGACAUUCCACCCUCAUUCCACCUACACCUUACCCACAUUCCACCCACACUCUAUCGACAUUCCACCCUCAUUCCACACUCCAUCCACCACCACAUUCCACCACACUCUAUCGACAUUCCACCUCAUCCCAUCCACAUCCACCACCUUACCCACAUUCCACCCACACUCUAUCGACAUUCCACCCUCAUUCCAUCCACACUCCAUCCACCUUACCCACAUUCCACCCACACUCUAUCGAUAUUCCACCCUUACACCACACAUCCACCUUACCCACAUUCCACCCACACUCUGUCGACAUUCCACCCAUUCACCCACUCCAUCCACCUUACCCACAUUUCCACAGCACAUUCCACCCACACUCUAUCGACAUUCCACCCUCAUUCCAUCCACACUCCAUCCACCUUACUCACAUUCCACCCACACUCUAUCGACAUUCCACCCUCAUUCCAUCCACACUCCAUCCACCUUACCGACCAUUCCACACUCAUUCACCCACACAUAUCACAUUCCACACUCCAUUCACACUCCAUCCACCUUACCCUCAUUCCACCCACGCCCACCUCUCCCCUGAAUGAGAAAUGCUCCUAA